CGCGGAAAUCGUUUUCAUGACUAUAUAUGGAUAUUUUCCCAUUUAUCGUUUUAAUUUUUCAAUGAUCUUUGUCAAAUCAAAGUGACAAUUCAGAGUCACAUGCUUGUGUUCACGUCACGUGAUAAAGGUAUCUCUUGGGUUGAUUCAGGUCAUUCAUAUCACUUCUUGCUUUGUGGCGUUUAGUUGAGGUUUGUUCUUCUGACUCUCUUGCUUUCCAAAAUGUCAGUGCCAGGCGGUGCCAGUGAGGUUAAAGAUGCUGAUGCUGAUAUUCAAAAAAUAGUCGAUGGUGUGAAAGCAGAACUAGAAGGGAAAGUUGGAAAGAACUUUACAGAGUGUAAAGCCAUUUCCUAUAGAUCUCAAGUAGUUGCUGGUACAAACUAUUUUGUCAAGGUUCAGGUGGGAGAUGAAUACAUCCACGUGCGCAUCUUUGUGCCUCUCCCCCACACUGGGGAGGCUCCCAGCGUUCACAGUUUUCAAGCUGGGAAAAGUGCUGCAGAUCCCAUAGAGUACUUCUAGGUUCAAAGAGGCUCUCUGGAUUACAUAGUACAUAGAAUCAGUACAAUGAAGCAUAAAUAUAUAGCUGAAAUAAAAACAGUGCUUUCAUAGGAUGUCUUAGAAUACUUCUAGGCUCAUUAAUAGGUUACU